AUGGAUGGGACUGGGAGAGCAGGGGUGCAGCAAUGGAUGGGACUGGGAGAGCAGGGGUGCAGCAAUGGAUGGGACUGGGAGAGCAGGGGUGCAGCCAUGGAUGUGACUGGGAGAGCAGGGGUGCAGCAAUGGAUGGGACUGGGAGAGCAGGGGUGCAGCAAUGGAUGGGACUGGGAGAGCAGGGGUGCAGCAAUGGAUGGGACUGGGAGGGCAAAGGCAGCUAAUAGUAAGUUGGAGCUGCAGAUCAAGGAGUUCUACGAGAUGAGAUCACCGACUCACAAGAAGGACCUCACCUCUGUGAGGACCCAGUAUGAGGGCAUGAUAAUGAAGAACCAGAGAGAUGCUGCCAAGUGGUUUGAGAGCAAGGUGGAGGUGCUUCAGAACCAGAUCACCACCAGCACCACAGAGGUGAAUACCUCUCAAUCUCAGGUGACCGACCUGAAGAGGACCUUCCAGAGCCUGGAGAUUGAACUACAUGGCCUGCUCACUCAGAAGGGGUACCUGGAGCAGAGCGUCGUUGAUAUAAACGGCCGCCACGGCUCCCAGCUGAGCCAGCUGCAGGAGGAGCUGCAGCAGCUCAACGUCAGCAUCCAGCAGGCCUCUGAGUACCAGAUCCUCCUGGACAUCAAGAUGAGGCUGGAGAUGGAGAUCGCUGAGUACAGGAGGCUGCUGGAUGGAGAGGGACUCAGUAGGCAUGUGGAGACCAGACAGGAGAUCAGGAAGGUGAUCGUGGUCGAGAAGGUCCAGGAAGUACAACAAAUCCAGGAAGUGGUGGAAGAGUAUAAUCCACACAUGCAGAAGCGGGUGAGGGUGAUCGUGGAGGAGAUGGUGGAUGGGAAGAUGGUGUCCACCUCAGUAGAUGAGAAGGUCCAGGAUAUGAACUAACUGAGAAGGCCAGAUAGUUCCGGAAUCUGGUGAAGCGUUAACGGACCACCCAUACCCCUGGACCACCCAUA